CGUUCUCGAUGGCAAAGGGGUGGGGCUCACGGUGCGUCGCUGGAACCGCCGGUUUCUCUGCAGCGGCGUCGUGCUCCCGAGGAUGACGCCAGCACAUUCCCCUCUGAGAUCACCACCGACCGACCGCAAAAACUCUUCUCUUUCUUCCAAGUGACUGAGCCCCAUCUUGCACUCCCCUUUCGCCCCCGCGACCCGUCGUCUUUUCCCUGCGCGUGCCCUUCUUUUACGCUCCUGUCAGGGCCCUCGCUAUUUACAUCCCACCAUCUCAUCUACUCCCAUUCUCCUCCCCCCCCUCUCUCUCUCGUUUCUGCUAUUCCCUCUCAUCAUCUCUCUAAGCUUCUCAUCUCUCCUCGUUACUCUUGAGCCUUUGCUUCUUGUGGGUCUCUGGAUUUCAAAGAAGACGGCGCUAGCAUUUUUUUGAGCUCAGCUGCUGUUAUCAGGUCAAGAUACUCUGGCUGCCUUCGUUUCAGAUACGUUAUGAGGAAUCCGAGGGGAUGGGCGGAGGCCACUGCAAAUGAAGGAAAGGCAGCGCUGGAGAGCUGAAGAGGACGCAAUCUUGCGCGCAUACGUGAAGCAGUAUGGACCCCGGGAGUGGAACCUUGUGUCCCAGCGGAUGAACGUGCCCCUUCACAGGGAUGCCAAAUCCUGCUUGGAGAGGUGGAAGAACUACCUUAAGCCAGGGAUCAAGAAGGGCUCUCUUACUGAGGAGGAGCAGCGCCUUGUGAUCAGGCUCCAGGCCAAGCACGGUAACAAGUGGAAGAAGAUCGCCGCGGAGGUCCCGGGCCGCACCGCCAAGAGGCUUGGCAAGUGGUGGGAAGUCUUCAAGGAGAAGCAGCAGAGAGAGCAAAGAGAGAGCAGCAAACCUGUCUUGAGCUCCUUCGAGCAGGGAAAAUACGAUCGCAUUCUCGAGAACUUUGCAGAGAAGCUGGUAAAAGAGCACCGGAUCACCCCAUUGCUCAUGGCUACACCACUACUUCCUCCAUGGCUUUCAAACUCCAAUAGCUCCCACAGACCAUCCUCGCCUUCUGUGACUCUAACUCUUUCUCCUUCCACCGUGCCUCCUGCAUCAAUUCCCUGGCUUCAAACAGAACGAGGAGCGGAGAAUAGCUUGGGCUUGGCUAGUUCGCAGCAGAACAUGGUAUCAGGAGUUCCUUCAGUGGAUGGUCAGACAGUCUCAGAGCUGGUAGAGUGUUGCAGAGAGUUAGAAGAAGGGCAUCGAGCUUGGGUGGCGCACAAGAAGGAAGCAGCAUGGAGGCUGAAGAGGGUCGAGCUGCAGCUGGAGUCGGAGAAGGCUUGCAAGAGGAGGGAGAAGAUGGAGGAGAUCGAGGCUAAGGUGAGGGCACUCCGGGAGGAGCAGCAGCGGGCACUGGAGAGGAUUGAAGCAGAGUACAAGGAGCAGAUCUUAGGAUUGAGGAGGGAUGCUGAAGUUAAGGAACAGAAGUUGGCGGAGCAGUGGGCGGCGAAGCACAUGCGGCUGACCAAGUUUCUUGAGCAGAUGGGUUGUCGUCAAUGGUCGGGGACUGAGAUGAAUGGUCGGUGACCGAGGUGAAUGGUAGUAGGAAGGCAAGUUUUGAGGUCGCUUGAUCCGACCUUCUAGUCAUGUAUGAUUGUUCUCUCUUCUUUAUAGAACUGAGCGCUAGUUGAUCCAUGUAUUGUUGUAAUUUUAAGUGGUGGCAUCCAGUUAGUAUGAUGAAGUAUUCUGUUCUAGUUUGUCAGCGGACAGAGGAGAUGAUCAUGCUUUAUCUUGCCCUUUGUCUCAAUAAUUUUGAAGUACACUAUUUCUAUAGACAAAUCUUGUUUGAUU